UGGCGCGCGCGCCUGCUCAGUACGCGCACGGCCCGGCCUACGCCGCUCCCUCGGAGCCGCCGUACUGCUUCCCCGUCGGGUUGGUGAGGCAUGGAGCCGGUGGGCGGUGGCGGUGGCGGUGGCGGUGAUCGCCGCGGCUCCUCCCCCGCAGACCCGCGAAGCACCUUCGUGUUGAGUAACCUAGCGGAGGUGGUGGAGCGUGUCCUCACCUUCCUGCCCGCCAAGGCGUUGCUGCGGGUGGCCGGCGUGUGUCGCUUAUGGAGGGAGUGUGUGCGCAGAGUGUUGCGGACCCAUCGGAGUGUGACCUGGAUCUCCGCGCGCUUGGCGAUUGCCGGCCACCUGGAGGAGCAUUGCUUGGUCCGCGUGGUAGCUGAAAAGCUUGAGAAUGUCCAUAUCUUACCACAGACAGUUCUUUACAUGGCUGAUUCAGAAACUUUCAUUAGUCUGGAGGAGUGUCGUGGCCAUAAGAGAGCCAGGAAAAGAACUUCUAUGGAAGCAGCAUUUGCCCUUGAGAAGCUGUUCCCAAAACAAUGCCAAGUCCUUGGGAUUGUGACCCCAGGGAUUGUAGUGACGCCAAUGGGAUCAAGUAGCAAUCCACCUCAGGAAAUAGAAAUUGGAGAAUCUGGUUUUGCUCUAUUAUUUCCUCAAAUUGAAGGAAUAAAAAUAAAACCCUUUCAUUUUAUUAUGGAUCCAAAGAAAUUAACACUAGAAAGGCAUCAACUCACUGAAGUAGGUCUUUUAGAUAACCCUGAGCUUCGUGUGGUCCUUGUAUUUGGCUAUAAUUGCUGUAAAGUGGGAGCCAAUAAUUAUCUGCAGCAUGUAGUGAGCACUUUCAGUGAUAUGAAUGUCAUCUUGGCUGGAGGCCAGGUGGACAACCUGGCAUCGCUGACCUCUGAAAAGAACCCUCUGGAUAUUGAUGCCACCGGUGUGGUUGGACUGUCAUUUAGUGGACAUCGUAUCCAGAGUGCCACAGUGCUUCUCAAUGAGGAUGUCAAUGACGAGAAGACUGCUGAGGCUGCGAUGCAGCGCCUCAAAGCAGCCAACAUUCCAGAGCAGAAUACCAUUGGCUUCAUGUUUGCGUGUGUUGGUAGGGGCUUUCAGUAUUAUAGAGACAAGGGGAAUGUGGAGGCUGAUGCAUUUAGAAAGUUUUUUCCUAGUGUUCCUUUAUUUGGCUUCUUUGGAAAUGGAGAAAUUGGAUGUGAUCGCAUAGUCACUGGAAACUUUAUAUUGAAGAAAUGUAAUGAGGUAAAGGAUGAUGAUCUAUUUCACAGCUAUACAACAAUAAUGGCACUAAUUCAUCUUGGGUCAUCUAAAUAAAGCCACCUGUAAAGUGGCUUUCACAAUGUAUAACUUUUGGGCUCUGUCUUUUCCAGAAAAUGGAAACUUGGGAUAUGUAUAUUACAAACAAAAAACUUUAUAUGUAUCUGUUUUGUAGCUUUGACAUUCUGAAGAUUAUUUGGUAGUUUUUAAUAUAUUAGGUGAAGGACAAGUUUGUACAUGAUGUAAUGCAAGACAGGGAGUUGAGAGCUUUUGCAUCAGGCACAAGUGAACCAAUUAUGGCUAUACUGCACCAGGUAUGUAGCUGCUGUGUGAUAGGACUUUAAAUAGUCUUCUGCAUAGGAAGACUGAAAAAGGAUUCAUCAACAGAAAGGAGAUUUAAGACAUUCCAUGACUACCUCUGCAAUGUUAGAUGAUCUUUCAGCAGACUCAUGAAGAUAUUUUUCUCCCUUAAAUAAAGGAGAAAAAUACACAGAUGGCUUGGGAAAUUUUUCUCUGCUUUACAAUUUUACCAUUUUUUUCAGAAGCUGUAACAAAUUGCUGACUUUUUACUUAUUUGAUAAAUGUUAAAGAACUAUUUUUGUUUUAGUACUCUAAAGUUGCUUAGUCAAAUAAAUUGCCAAGACUAAUCAGUAUUUUAUUACCUUAUAAGGAAAAAAAUUUUCCUUUCCCCUCAAUAAAGAAAUUGCAACAGAAAAUUCUUUUUUUCACCUACUUCUAUGUAACUAAUUGGCAGAUGAGACAAUUACAUCACCUUAUUUUGGUUUUAUACCAAUAAAACAUACCUUGGAAACUCA